AUGGCGAGACUCACUGACGAUGCCGGCGAAACGUCUGGGAAUGUACCACGUCCACGGUCCGACUCUGGAAAUAAUUAUGCACAUAAUGGAAUCAGGACAAGGUGA